AUGGUGCUGCUUCUCGUCGCUGGCACGAUCCUCCUCUCAUCUGCCCACACGCACUCGCAUGAACCUGAACCUGCCCAUGCCAAAUAUACGAAAGAAGUGAACGAGAAGGCAGCUCGUGAGCUGGAAGAACUAGAAGAGCACGGUCACUCGCAUGAAGCUCACGGUCACUCACAUGACUCUCACGGCCACUCGCAUGAAGCCCAUGGUCAUUCUCACGAAUCUGGCGGUGGAUGCCCAUAUUCUCAUGGCGAACAUCACAGUCAUGAUGCUCAUACUCACAGUCAUUCCCACGGCAAAAACGAGCACGCCCACAACGAAUUCGCCCGGGGAUCGGCCCGUAACGUGCACAUCAUUCUUUCCUUUCGUGAUCGAUUACAUGGUCUUCAGGACAACUCUCCUUCUAACGGACCUUGGCUCAAAGUUCUUCUUGCGUUUGGAUCGGGCGGUUUGCUUGGAGAUGCGUUCCUACAUCUGAUUCCUCAUGCUGUGCCGCACAGUUCUGGCUCUCAUGCGCAUUCGCAUUCACAUUCACAUCAGGAAGGUGGUCACAGUCACGAACCGCAUGACAUGAGCGUUGGUGGAUGGGUACUCGCAGGCAUAAUUGCGUUCUUGCUGGUUGAGAAAUUGGUGCGAAUUAUUCGUGGAGAAGACAGCCACGGUCAUGGACAUUCCCAUGGCCAUUCUCCUUCUAAGUCUGAAAAGGUACGAGCGUUA